GCUGCGCUCGCCAAAACUCUCUGGAAACGGAAUGAUAUUCUCGUUCGUACUCGCGUUCGGCAUGCGAUGGAACAGGAUCGCCCAGCGUUCGAUAUUGCUUUCGUGUUUGUUGAGAUUCAAAGACGAGCAGCUCCGGCCGUGAAACGAAUGCAAACUUCCUGAGGCAAGAAUUUCUGCCCCAGCUUUGCUUCCACUUUCCAUCAGCCAUUUCGUCACAGAGCGACUUGAAGUUGCACAAGGAGCUCAGCUGAAGAUAAAUAGCCCCAGAUCCUACCUCUGCACUGCCCAUUAACCUUGCGAUAUCUCUGAAAUAGCUGAGACAUCCUCCCGUCAGCGUGAGCAUAGCCCAUCGAUUCUUCAACUAGACACCAAACCGACAAAUUCAUCACUUCAACAAUCUCAGAAAUGGCCCCCAAAGGAGUUUCGCCGCCCUUUGCACUCUUCGCUGUUGUCAACCUGGAAAAACAGGUAAUCAACAAAAUCCUCCAAAAAGCCAAGUCAGCUACGAGUGUCAAUGAUCUCUGGCUCGUAUCAAGCUCUGAUUACUCCGACACACCACAAAAAGUCCCCAAAAAAGUCAACACCGGAACAGACCCUCCCAUCCCCUCAACCUUCCAAUCCCCCUUCAUAAACCACAAACUCUCGGAUUUGGUCCAAUGGCUUCGCUCCAAACCAAAAAAUGUCGACUUAGACGAGCACUAUUUCGUGAUCCUGGACGCAAAAGCUGAAGGGCCGGGGGAGGAGAGUGUGGUGGUUUGCAGCGUGGAGAGGCCUCACGAGCGUCCAGUUGAAAGAAUCUUUGAAUUCCUGGAUGGAGGCUGCAGCAGCCAAGUCAGAGGCAAGGCGAUGCCACACGGAACCCGUUAGACUAUUUUAGCUCUCUUCAUCGUACGCUCACUGUGCUCCAUACGUAUGCGCUAGAAAAGUUUCGAAUCUUUCCAUGUUGCGAUGCAUCUCAGGUGACUGCGAUUGCUGCAUUAGCGAAGGCGGAAUUCAGGAUUCGCAGAACUUUGCCGCUUUCUGCUUCUCCUCUGCAUUCAAGUGGCUGAGUAGUUUAGCACUGGUGGAAAUGUCAUCGUCGAGCUUUUGAAUGCGUUUCCAGCAUUUCCCAAGCCGAGAUGGGCCCGAGUUGACUAUGUCCUUGACCUUCGUCAAUACGAGUGCAGCACCUUCUACGUCGCACAGGCACAGCUUCACUUGCACAUCAGUCAUGCAAGCUAUGGCCCGCGUCUCGGCUCGCAACAAUAAAGGUAUCGGAAUAUUCGCAUCUCCGGGGUCAAGUCUUGUCAAUUCUUCUUGAGACAGCGAGGGCUUCUCCACUCUGGCUCCCACUGCUGGACUGAUCUCGGCCAUUGCGCGCCUGGCCACAAAGCUGGCUUCUGAGUUGGGCCCAUACAUCACAUCAUAGGUUUCGACGACAUCUGUGAUGAGUUCGAGCGCCUCCCGACCGCGUCGUGUCAGUGCAUAGAUGUUGGCGAACCUUUGUUUCCUCAGAAGCGUGUCCGGAUGGUAGGAGCCAAGGACUUCUUUGCUAAAGUGAAGCGCACGCUCGAGCCAUCGUACGGCGGGUUUCCAGUCGCCUUCACCUCGUUCUUGCAACGCGACGCUGUCUAAAACGCGCGACUGUGCGUGCAAAAUGUCAAGUUGUAGGUUUGAAUUGCUCUCAUACCUCGCAGCCUGGCAAGUUCGAUACAAAGAAGAGUAAAUGCAUUCAGAGUGCCCAGAGCUGCUGCGAUGCUCAUGGAAGGCAAGUGUCAUCCCGAGCUCUUUCGCGAUUCUGCUUGUGUGCCCUCUAGACACAAGUCCAUCUCCAGCGGCCGACGGAAGGUCAAGUUAAUGUGCGUGCGAUGCUUGGGUUGCUCGAGAUGGCUUUGUCGACAGAAUUGGCGGGCUUCGCUGUUAUUGUAUCAUCAAUAUCGGUAUCACCAAUGUCAACUGCUCGGUGUACGUAGGCUGUGAUGCCGCCUGAUAGUCUCCCCCUCCCCCUGC